AUGCCCGCCAAGGACAGCGACUCCUUCGCGGAGUUCUUUGACCCGAAGAAGAACAAAGACACGUACCAGCUGAAGCGCCACCCGCACACCGGGCGCUACAUCGAUGCCUACCCCAAGCGCCCUCGCACCCGACCCAUGCGCAUCCUGUGUCUGGGGAUGGCCCGCACCGGCACGCUGUCCACCUACACCGCCCUCAACAAACUCGGCUACAACACGUACCACAUGUCGGAGGUGAUGAAGCGCCCGCGCACCAAUCUGAGUUUGUGGAGCGAGGCCUACGAAGCAAAGUAUGACGGCAAAGGCAAGGCGUGGGGAAGGGAGGAGUUCGACAAGAUGCUCGGCGACUACGAUGCCCUGCUCGACGUGCCGUGCAUUGCCUUCGUCGAGGAGCUGGUGGCCGCGUACCCCGACGCCAAAGUCCUUCUCACGAAUCGCGACGUGGAUGCCUGGCUGCAAAGUAUCAACAGCACCUUUGGCGUUGCCUUUUCCUGGCCCAGUUGGAACUGGGUGGCAGAUUGGGACCAAAGUCUCGCCGGCCCGUUCGUUUCCUUUUCCAAAUUGUACAUGCCGAAGAUGUUCGGUUACGAGCGCGAGCACUUCGGCACAAAGAUCGACUAUACAUCUGCGGAGUCGCCGGCGCGACAGGCCUACUUCGACCAUUAUGCCUUGGUCCGGAAGACGGUGCCCAAAGACCGAUUGCUCGAGUUUCGGGUGCAGGACGGGUGGGCCCCGCUGUGUGCGUUCACGGGAGAUGCGGUGCCGGAGGGGGACUUCCCGAGGGUCAACGACUCGAGGAUGUUUGUCAAUAUGAUGAAGCUGAUAUGGUGGUUGGCGGUUGGGAAAAUGGUCACCAAGGUCAGCUUGGCGCUUGCGGUGCCUGCGGGGGGCGUGCUGGCGACGCUAUGGUGGCGUGGUUAUCGGUUUGGCUAUUGA